AUGGAGCAGCGCAACCAACGUCUCUGCCUCGAUCGCUCCAACGCCCUGGCGUUCGACUACAACUUUGCGAAAGCAGAGGCGCUCUGGCAAAUGCUUGGCAUCCCGCCAUCGCUCAUCAACGGCCUCCACCCUGACAUUCGCGCCGUCGUGCACGCCAUCGCCCAGCACACGGUCGAGCUCGAAGCCCGCUGUCGUGCCAACGCCAACGAGGCACUGAGCACACGAACGUCCGACAUUCUUGCCGUGGUAAACGAAAACCACGCAGCACACCUCACACACGUCGGUGAGAUGGAGGUAGCGCUUCGGGCCACGACGACAAUUGUGCGCCAGCUCGACGAGCGCGUUGCAAACGGUGUAUCCGUCUCGGAGCUUCGCAACACUGUAAAUAGCAUUCAAGACGGCGCAGAGAUGCAGUGUGCUGCUCUGCGGGAGGAACUCCAGCAGUGGACGACGGACCUCGUGACACCAGCUUUCGCGACCCAGUUGAAGAUGCCCGCAGUGGAGGCCAAAGUUCGCUUCAUGCUCGACCAUGAGCGCAUCGCGGUCGCGCAAGCCAACGAGUUCCAGAUGGAGCACUGGAUGAAACGUAUCGAGUCCAACACUGCGUCGUCAAUCAACGUCAUCCAAGACGAAAUCACAAAGUGUCGCGCCGAGGUGCGGAGUGCACGGCAGCUCGUCAAAGACCUCGAAGGCCGCGUCUUGGCCCAGACAAGACAGCACGUAACGGAGCACUCGAAAACGAUCUUCAACUGGAAAGACUCGGUCGAUGCGACUUUGCGCGAGCUGCACGAGACGCUUGACGUCAUUAUCACUGAAAAACUGCCAGGGGUGGCGCACGAAAUUCGAUUCGAGGGCGAUCGGCUUGUGCAAUUCGCCUCCAAGACGUUUCUCUCAAUGGCCGACUUUGACGUAGCGAUGAAACGCGUGCAGCAGCUGACGCUCGACUUCAAAACGUCUAAGAUGUCGCUCGAGGCGCAGACCACCAAGUGGUCCGUGACGUUUGAUCGCGUCUCGGACGAUUUCAAGCUUCUCGCCAAGAAAAUUGCGCUGAUUCCAGACGUGAUCCAAGACUUUCACGACCGCUUUGAGUGGAACAACAAGCAAUGUGCCCACCGCUGGGAACAAAAGGUUACAGAAAUGUAUGCGCUCGAGAGCGAUAUCAAGAACCUGAAGACAGCCAUUGCGACAGAGUCCUUCGAUGCGCAGGCUCGAAUGCACGACCGUGAAUUGGCGGAGUGCAAAACACGGCUACUGGAGCUGGGUCAUGGCUGGUCGAGCGCCGUGUCACAGCUCCAAACCAAGCACGCCACCGAUGCCACAACACUGGCAGAUGCAGAGCCUGCUCCUGCCUACCUGUCGUCCGAAGAGUACGAGCGCCUCCACGUCUUGUAUACAAAGCUCACGACAGACGUCAUGGCACUUGCUCGGCGCUACGAUGGGUUCCUCGUGCAGUGGGACCGCAUGCGACGAGAGUUGCCGUGGAUGGAGCACCAUGCAGCACCGCAUUUCGACCCGCUGAGCAACAUUGACUACCCACAGUAG